AUGGCAGCCACUUGCCGCUCCAGCAAUGUCACGCCCAUCGAGCAAUUCAUUGGCUCGGGCGGCGGCGGGAGUGGAGAGGAUGUCAUUGCCGCACUCUCUCGGGAGCAGGAUGGCUGCCGACUGCGCAUUUGCUCCCGGACCCCUCCGGACUCGUCCGGAAUAGGAAAGUCGGAGCUGACAUUGUUGGUCCAGCGCUCGCCCAUGCGCACGCCCGACGCCCGCCUCAACAACGUCGCCUACGUGCUGGAUCCGCGAAGCGACACGGUGGAGUGCACUGGUGCGGAGAUGUGCCUGUCGAUCCAGACGGUGCCGUUCUGUCUUGACCUGCUGACGUAUUCGUUCCACGCCAGCGACGGAACCACCGAAAGGAAAUAUGUACACGGGCGCCUGGGCUGCAGCGAACUCGGUGCAGGCGAAUGCCAUGACGACUUCGCGGGCAGCCACAUGGGCAGACACGCAGGCGGGUGGAAGUGCUGGCGGGUCCAGGGCGACGGCGGCGGCAACGAGUGGAGCUGGUAUCCAUGA